AUGGAGAAAGAAGGACGCUUCAACUUCAAACUCCUGGUGCCUCCCAGGGUGAAUAGCAGCCAAGUGUUUGCCGAUAAACCUCAAGAAAAUGUUGACAACGGAUCUGAGCUGGUCAGCAUACAGCUACAAUGGCCUCAAGAUGACAGUAUCAUCAACAGAGAAAGAGGAGGUAACAUAAAUAGUAAACAGCCUCUCAACUUUAGUCGAUGCAUAGGUAAUUCAUAUGGAUUACUUCCCUUCAUUGUCAACGUUCCACAGAGAGACUGUACUCCUGGUCAGCUUUGUUCUAAAAUGUUUGACGAGGUGGAGAAAAUCAAAUGCUGGAAAGUCAAAGUGGCCUGUGAUGCUGCGCAAAGCGAGAGGAAACUUCAGGAGAACAAAAAAACAAUCGAAACUCAACGCAACGCCAUUCAGGAUUUGCAGUUUCAAAAUGAAAGUCUCAGCGUCAAGCUUGAAGAGCAGUUGAGUGAAAAUGAAGAUUUAAGGAACAAACACAAUGCAACCCGCAACUUGUGUAAUUUGCUGAAAGAAACAUUUGACCGGGCGGCAGACAAAAUGCAAUUAUUUGAAUCUGAGCGAGAGGAGACACACCACCUUCUAAUGGAAAAUGGUGUCAAUGUUCAGAAAAUGAUUGUAGCAUUUGAAGAGCUACGUGGUCAAGCUGAGGAUGAUCAGAAAGCAAUGGAAACUGUUAAAGAGGGUUUGCAAAAAUUCGAAGAGCUCAAGGAAAAAUAUCAGCAAGAAUACACCUUAAAAGAGAAUGAGGUAGCGACACUUCAAGCUAAAGUUGUGGAUAAAGAAGGUGAACUGGAGAAAGUUCAGCGUGACCUCCAUGAUACCCAAAAUCAAUGCACACUGCUGCAGGAGGCCACAACUAAACAACACGAGGACCUGAACUGCUUAAAAAUGGAGCAAGAGUCUCUGCUGGAAAAACUCCACUCAGCAGAGCAGUGCUAUAAACAAAGCGAAACGAGCUUGGAAGCUGUGAUUGCUGAGCUGAAACAAAGCAGAGAAGAGCACGUGCUGAUCCUCAGCAGCAAAGAUUUAAGUUUGCAGGAGGUUCACCGAGUUAAAAAUGAACAAGCCGAGAAGCUCGAGCAAGUUCAGAUAAUCCUUGUGGAGCUUAAGAAUUCAUUAGCCUUUGAGGAGCAAAGGUAUAAGAAGUGCGAGGAAAAACUAACAGAGAAAAACCAAGAACUUGAAAGGACACACAAACUUCUAGUGUUGUACAUUCUGCUUCGCAGAGUCAAGUAUGAAGAGUUGCUGUCUAAAUGUAAUGAGGUUGAAUGUGAAAAACAGUCAUUUGAGCAGCAGUUUGAGAGCAAGUCAUCUAAAAUAGAAACCAUUAAAGAAAAAAUGAAGGUGAGUGAGGAGAAGAUUGUGACCCUCUCAAAGGAAAUUCAGGCUUUGACGGAGGAAAACCAGUGUUUAAGGAUAGAAGUCUCUACGAUGCAAAGCCUAACUCAAGGACAGUGUCAAGAGAUUGAGAAGUUGCUUAAAAAAAUGGAAGAUAAAGUAGGUACAUUGGCUGAAGCUUGGCAGUAUGAGGAUUUGCAGGAGAAGGUCAAACAAGCAGAACGGCAGCUGAAAGCUGCAGAAGCAAAGUGCUCCUCCGUCAAGAACAAAAUUGGGUGUUAUCGUAAAGCAGGCGAAUACCAGAAGGAGGUUAAAACGCUUAAGAUCCAAAUAGAAAAAGAGUUGGGGAGAAACAUUCAGCUUGAAAAAAAGAUGACCAGUCUGAACGAGGAGUCGCGCAUUAUGAAAAUAAAGCUUGAGGAAAAAAUACAGAAGCUGCAUGAAGAGUUUCAAGCUAAGUCUUCACUUGCAGAUGAGCUUGACAAUGAGAUAAAAGAGCUGCGAUUAACAACAGCUGAAGCUGUGAAGAGCAAAGAGGACGCUGAGCUCAAUUGUGAACACAAAACAGCAGAUGUGGUCGCACUGAUGGAAAAACACAAAAGCCAAUAUGACCUCGCGGUCAAGGAAAAGGAUGCAGAACUUGACGAAAGGAAGAAAAGUGAAACAGAGGCGCUCGGCAGCAGGAAGUCACUGGAGCUCGAGGUCACCAACCUUAAGGCAGAAAACAGUCAACUGAAGCAGCAACUCCUGACUGAGAAGGAUAAUUUUCAGAAGGAGUUAAGUGAUGUGAAGAAGGAAUUGUCAUCAUUUAAAACAGAUCAGCUGUCCCAACAAAGGAACAAAUUGGAAAGUGCUGUCAACACAAAUGAAAAAGGGAGGGCUUCUAAGAAAUACGUGUUUGACUUUGAUCACACCAAGAGCUUCAGAAUAAGGACGCCCCCUGUUGCUGAAAAGCAAGACAGAUGGGGGAAGAGACCCAUGGAGGUGAAGCCCAAGACUUACAGCCCUGAUCCAAACAAUAUUUUGAGUUUUGAAACCACGUCGGCAACCCAUCGCUCUAUUCCAUCGUUUAAAUCUAACAGAUUCAAAAAGAGCCCCUCAUCCAUUAAGCCACCCGCAAACUCAAAGUUCGCGGCCAUGAAGAGGAUUCGUGAUGCUGGCUGGACCGCUACUGUUGACACUGACAAAAAAAGGAAAAAGACUCGCGACAUCUUUGCAUAA